AUGUCGUCGUCGGUAAUUGUGCUGCCUGGUCAGGAGCUGUCGCCCGAUCAAUUACCUUCUCAAAACACAACUCGCACAUUGACUCUGGGUCCUGGUCUGCGACACAUUCCGCCUGUGACGAUUGUCGCAACUCAAGCCGGAGAGCUAUGCACCGACUCCAAGAAGAAUGCCAUCUGGAUCGAGAAUCUCGGAGGUCGCUACCUUCCUCAUGUCGGCGAUCUCGUUGUCGCCACUAUCCAACGCUCUGCUACCGACAUAUACCACUGCACCCUGACACCUAAUACUCCCACCGUCCUGCUUGGUCAACUUGCUUUCGAAGGCGCUACCAAGAAGACCAGACCUCAACUCAACCCCGGAGCUCUUGUAUACGCUCGCGUGUCUAAAGCCGACAAGUGGAGUGACGUCGAGAUUGAGUGUGUCAACCCUGCUACCGGAAAGUCUGACGGUCUCGGCCCGCUCAAGGCUGGCAUGCUCUUCGAUGUCUCGCCUGCAUUCGCUCGCCGCCUGAUGAUGGGCGCUGGAAAGGGCGGUGUGGUGCUGCUGGAAGAGAUUGGCGAGAAGGUCAGAUUCGAGGUGGCUGUUGGAAGAAACGGAAAGGUCUGGGUCGACAGCUCAACCAUCGCAGAGACUGUCGCUAUCGGAAGAUGCUUGACCGAGAUGGACGAGAAGGACCUGGACCUUCAGGCGCAGAAGAAGCUUGUCAACAAGAUGGUGAAGACUGUCUGA